AUGAACCACAACGAGAUUCUUGCCCUCGAGCACAAAACCUGGGAUGCCCUCUGCAUCUCAGGGUCGACUCUCAUCCCCCUACUCUCAGAUGAUUGCAUCAUGGUCUUUCCAGGCGGCAUGAAACUAUCCAAGGAAUCUCACCCGACUCUCAGCUCCAUCUUGGCGAAGAAGUCACUGACUCAUGACGUCGAGGAAAACAGAUUGCAACCAGCCACUCAGUUCAAACCUUGGCGACAACGAUUUCGAUCCCAUCUUGUGAUUGUCUCACUCUUUCUCUGUCUGUUUCUGGCUGCACUCGACACCACUAUAGUUGCACCCGCAUUGCCAGUCAUAGCUAGCCAUCUCAAUGCGACAACAUCGGAAUAUACCUGGGUUGGCAGCGCCUAUACCCUGGCGAGUACUUCGACAACUCCACUAUGGGCCAAGAUAUCAGACAUCUGGGGCCGCAGAGUGAUUUUAAUGGUUGCCAAUGUGUUUUUUCUAUGUGGGAGCCUUGUCUGUGCCCUUAGUAGAACCCCUCUCAUGCUGAUCGGAGGACGAGUGUUACAAGGAGUGGGUAGUGGGGGAAUCAUUGUGAUGGUGACGAUAAUAGUUGCGGAUUUAUUUCCCAUUCGCGAAAGGGCGAAAUAUUAUGCAUUGACGGGGAUAGUGUGGGCUAUCUCCAGUGGUGUCGGUCCUAUCUUAGGGGGAGUAUUCACGCAAACAAUUGGCUGGCGAUGGUGCUUUUAUAUUAAUCUACCGUUCGAUGGCAUCUCGCUGAUUAUUCUGUUCUUCUUCCUACAUCUAGAGCCAGUAACCACAGCUGUUUCCACCCUCCGCUCAUUUGACUGGAUUGGCUCCGUUCUGGUAGUUGGGGGUACUGUCUGCUUUCUAUAUGGACUCGAAUCAGGGAGCGGCAACGAACAUAGCUGGGACUCAGCAUUUACCCUGGGCCUACUCAUUGGAGGAAUUUUGAUUCUACUCAUAUGGGGAUAUUAUGAGUGGGCCAUCGCCAAGUGCCCUGUCAUCCCCCUCCGCCUUCUGAUCAGUCGAUCAACGGUCCCUUGCCUUCUUACUGCCUUUUUCCACAGUUUCACUUUCAUCUCCUUCAGCUACUUCAACCCGCUCUACUUUCAGACAGUUCUUGGCGUCAGUCCCAUCCAGUCCGGCCUUUACUUAUUUGCCCUGGUGCUACCCUUGUCGGCCAUGACGCUUGGCAGUGGACUAUUCGUGCAACGCACAGGCAAAUACCGCCCAGUGAUCUGGAUUGGAUGCCCCCUCAUGACGGUUGGAACGGGCCUGUUCAUUGAUUUUGGACCCCGUCUAGUGUUAUGGAAAAUUGUGGCCUACCAGUUGAUUGCUGGGAUUGGCGCUGGUCCACUAUUCCAGGCACCGAUGAUCGCCUUUCAAAAUGCGUUGAAGCCGGAGAACGUGGCUGCCGGGAAUGCUGCCUUCGCAUUUCUGAAGAAUCUAGCAACGUCUCUAUCGCUGGUUAUCGGGGGUGUGGUGGCGCAAAGUGGAACAGGCGAGUUUCGUUUGGUGGACUCAAAUGCAGAGACUGAGAAAGACGGGGGAGGAACGGUCGACCACACUGCAUUUGUCGCUGGUUUGAGCCAUAUGUGGAUCUUUUAUACGGCCCUUUGUGGUGUCAUGACGAUUGCCUCUCUUACCAUCCAGAAGCGUAGGUUAGGUGAUGAGCAUGGCGAUGAAGAGAUAGUUCCAGAUGUAAAUUAA